AUGGCUGCUGUGGCUCUGCGUUCGGCCGUGCGCACUCUCAGCCCGCUAAACUGGCUUUUGGGGAUUCGGCAGACUCAGGUUAGAGACACCCACCAGCGAGCAUCUUUGUUGUCCUUCAUGGAACUUAUUCCAAUGAGAGCAGAACCUCUUCGAAAGAAGAAGAAGAUAGACCCUAAAAAAGACCAAGCAGCCAAGGAUCGUUUAAAGAAGAGGAUCCGACGACUGGAAAAAGCUAGCCAAGAGCUAAUUCCCAUUGAAGAUUUUAUUACGCCCGUGAAGUUUUUAGAUAAAGCCAGACAGCGGCCUCAGGUGGAGCUCCCCUUUGAGGAGGCUGAGCGGCGAGCACUGCUUCUGAAGAAGUGGUCCCUGUACAGGCAGCGGGAGCAUGAGCUGGAGAGGGACGCCAUCCGGUCCCUGCUUGAGGCCCAGCAGGAAGCUCUCCAGGAGCUGCACCUCACAUCCCCAGAGCUCCACGCUGAAGCCAUCAAGCGGGACCCCAGCCUGUUCCCCUUUGAGAGGGAAGGGCCGCAUCACACACCCCCAGUUCCUAAUUAUCAGCCCCCUGAAGGCAAGUAUAAUGAUGUCACCAAGAUCUACACCCAGGUGGAAUUCAAGAGAUAG